CUGCUAGAAACUAGCUGGCUAAUUUAGCUAGCUAACAGCUAAAGCUGCUACAGCUGCGCAGUUUCGUUUCACAGAAAACACCGAGAACACCCACACUGACACCAACCAGACAAGUCUGUUUACUUUAGCUGUGUUGUUUUCCUGCAAUAGUACAUCUUGGAGAGAGGCAUGGGCCGACUUUAACAAACUUUGAUAGCUGACUGCUGCUAACUACAACAUAACCACAGAGCCACGAUGAAGAGAAGAGCUGAAGAAGCGUCGACAGUACUGCAGGGGACGAAGAGGCCUUGUCAUGACAGCAGCUCAGAUGAAGAGUCGCAAUUAUCCAGACAAGACUCCAGCCAAAAUGAUUCCCUCAGUGACCAGGAGGAUCAGAGACCAGGAUUUUCCAUGCCCUCCAUAUCAUCCUUUGAUGACCAAGACCCUGACCCCCAAGACCCUGACCUCCAAGACCCUGACCCCCAAGACCCUGACCCCACACAGGCCUCCUCCGAUUUCUCUAUGUACAACAGUGUGUCACAGAAACUCAUGGCCAAGAUGGGCUUCCGUGAGGGUGAAGGUCUCGGGAAGUUUGGCCAGGGACGCAAAGAGAUUGUGGCGGCGUCUAACCAGCGAGGGAGAAGGGGUCUCGGUCUCACAAUGCAGGGCUUUCAGGGGGAGCUCAAUGUGGACUGGCGCGAUGAACCAGAGCCCAGUGCCUUGCAGAAGGUAGACUGGUUCCCAGAAUGCACCACAGAGACGCCAGAUGCAGUUGAGCUGAGGGACUGGAUGAAACUAGGAGGGAGAAAACUUAAGAUUGAGGAUGAGACAGAGUUUUGCACUGAAGACCUUCUACACACUCUACUACGGUGCAAGACAGUAUUUGAUAACCUGGAGGGCGAGGAGAUGAGGAGAGCACGGACACGCUCCAACCCUUACGAGACGAUCAGAGGAGGUAUUUUCCUCAACAGAGCAGCAAUGAAAAUGUCCAACAUCGACCAUUGCUUCGACCAAAUUUUCACCAACCCAAAGGACUCACAAGGGAAACCUCUGACGAAGGACCGCGAGGGGGAACUGCUGUACUUCGGAGACGUGUGCGCGGGGCCCGGAGGCUUCUCGGAGUACAUACUGUGGAGGAGGCGUUGGCACGCCAAGGGGUUCGGCAUGACGCUGAAAGGACCCUCUGACUUCAAACUGGAAGAUUUCUUUGCGGCGCCGAGUGAGGUGUUUCAGCCUUACUACGGUGAGGGAGGGGUGGACGGCGAUGGAGACAUCACUCGGCCAGAAAACAUUACGGCCUUCCGAAACUUUGUCCUGGAGAGUACAGAAGGAAGAGGGCUGCACGUCCUCAUGGCAGAUGGGGGCAUUUCUGUGGAAGGCCAGGAAAACCUGCAGGAGAUCCUGACCAAACAGCUGCUGCUCUGUCAGAUGCUCACUGCCCUUUCUUCACUCAGAACAGGUGGUAACUUUGUCUGUAAGACCUUUGACCUCUUCACUCCGUUCAGCGUGGGUUUGGUCUACCUGCUCUACCUCUGCUUCGACAGGAUCUGUCUCUUCAAGCCCGUCACCAGCAGGCCGGCCAACUCUGAGAGGUACGUAGUGUGUCGUAGUCUGAAGCCCGGUUCAGAAGCCGUCAAGGACUACAUGUUCAGAAUCAACCUGAAACUGAACCAGCUGAAGAACACGGACAGCGACGUUAUGGAGGUGGUGCCUCUGAGCAUCAUCAAGGAAGACACCGACUUCUACCAGUACAUAGUCAACUCCAAUGAAAGCCUCUGUGUAGUCCAGAUCAAGGCCUUGGCUAAGAUCCACGCCUUUGUCAUAGAGCCAACCCUUUCAGAGCCGAAGCAAGCAGACAUUAGAAAGGAGUGUCUGAAACUGUGGGGGGUCCCAGACAAGGCCAGAGUCACUCCUGCUUCCUCAGACCCAAAGUCCAAAUUCUACGAACUGAUUAAGAACUCAGAUGUGGACUCGUUCCAGUACAAGCUCACCACUCUCAACUCCACUACACUCGAGAAGUUGCGUCACAUCAUGGACCACAGAUGCAUUGUGGGAGGUGGAGAGCAGACCUUCCUUCUAGCGCUGGGGAAGUCUCAGAUAUACCUAUGGGAUGGGAAGAUGCCUUUGCGCUGGAGGAAACUGGAGAAUUUCAAGCUGGAGCUGCCAAGAGAUACACUUCUAAGUGUGGAGAUUGUCCAAGAGCUGAAAGGCGAGGGCAAAGCUCAGCGCAGAAUCAACGCGGUUCACGUAAUGGAUGCACUAAUACUGAAUGGCACUGAUGUAAGAGAGCAGCACUUCAACCAGCGGAUCCAGAUGGCUGAGAAGUUUGUGAAGGCGGUAGCCAAACCCAGCAGACCAGACAUGAACCCGAUCAGAGUGAAGGAGGUUUACAGGUUGGAAGAAAUGGAGAAAAUCUUUGUCAGGUUAGAGAUGAAGGUGACGAAGAGUUCCGGAGGAGUCCCACGUCUGUCCUACACCGGCAGAGAUGACCGACACUUCCUCCCCACCGGCCUCUACAUCAUUAAGACCGUCAACGAGCCGUGGACGAUGGCCUACAGUAAAAACUCUAAGAUGAAGUUCUUCUAUAAUAAGACCACCAAGGACUCCACCUAUGAAAUGCCACCCAACGCUGCCGCCCCCUUCAAUGUUUGCCACUCCGAGCGGCUCUUCUGGGCCUGGGUGGAGGGGGUGAUCGUUCAUGAUUCUCAGACACGGAUGGACACGGAGAAACUGUCCAAAGACGAUGUUUUGUCCUUCGUCCACCAGAACUACCAGCACUGAAAUGCUCCCAGAGCCCCAGCGCUUCCAUCAGCUACAACCUCGUGCACUAAAUCAUGGAGGAUUUAGAGACUCAGAAAAGGUUAUCAUACAGUGCAUUAAUUGAUAUUUAGUGAAAGAGGGAUUCAUAAAAUACUGCCUAAUAAAUAAAGCUACCAAUACAUAGAUCAGGACUGUCAUAAAAGUGCAGCUUUUAUUAAUCCCUGUUUUUUUUUGUCCACUUAAAUAUCAAUUAGUAAUCUGUUUCAUAACCACUGCCUUCUUGUUCCUCUAUAUUAUGUCGCUUAAAGAAAUUAUUGCCAGGUUGUAACUGGACUUGUAGAGCUCACGGGAUAAAGUGUUUGCUGCUCUUUCCAGUGGUGGCAUUUGGACUCUGUGUAAGCGACGGACAUUUUGAUAAACCACUUUGUCUUUCUGCUUUUUUUCCACUGCCCACCGUGGCUCUAAGGAUUGUAAUGAAUAGGACUCGCCUCAGAACAAUACGGCGACAAAAAGCUGCUGCCAUCGUCUCUUCAUUUGAGUGCAUGUCCCCUGUACAGUUCCACGCAUGUGCGCGUGCGUCUACAUCAAGUUAGCAAUGACGACAGAGAUGCAUCUGCGAUUUGGACAAUGCUAGAUAGAGUGACAAAUCUUAAAACUAUGCAUCCAUAUCUGUCAACACAGCCUCGCUUGCUUUGCUCUACCGCUGCUCAUCUCCACAGAGACCAGGAUGCAUUUGCUCCGUGUCUCACAACUUGCCGGUGCUCCUGUGAAACUGUAGCUGAAGCCUAAAUACAACAAACACGUUAUUCAUGUUCUGACUUUCCCCCAGCAUCGCUUCAACAUUCAUAUCAGUUACUGGUGUAGCAUUUGUUUCUCCACUCAUUAUCUAUCACACGUGGGUGUGUGUGUGUUCUGAAGGUGUCCUGCUAGGUUUUAGGUUGUUUUUACUCCUCUAUGUGAUUGUGCCUCAUAUCAUCUGGACUGUGUUUUUCUUACAUACUGCAAAGUACUUAUUUUUUUCUUGUAAAGUUGGCUAUCAAUCCUUAUGAUGUAAAUAAUUAUAAUGUAGUAAAUAAAUGGGAGAUGUUCUUCCCAGAAAUACCUUUCAA